AUGGUCUGGAGUCAAAAAACGAUUGGCGAGAGUGGAAAGACUACCAAGGAGUUGGAGAAAAUAAUUGCCAAAAUGAAAAAAGUGCUUGACCGCACAUUGGCGGAUAACGAAGAGCUAAGAAGCACACCCGCGGUUGUUUCGCAAGAGCAGCUCAACAGACUACGGUCGGAGAAGGCGGCCCUUCAGGCAGAACUGGAGAAAGCCCAGGAAACCGCCGCAUCCACAGUCGCCGAGGAGCGCCAGAAGUCAGAAGCGCAAACUGCUCGCCUCAGCAGGGAAUACGAGAAGCUGCGAAAAGAACUAGAAAAGGUAUGA